AUUGGGAUAAUUCCAUCAUGUCAAUGUCCAAAUUCCUCUCGAAACCGGCCGUUCGCGCCGCUUCAACGGCGGCCUCGCCGACGACGAAAGCUGCGGGGGAUAUCUCCAGUGUGUUCCCCAGUUUAAGGCCAGACUACAAGCCGGAGCCUUUGCCUCCUCGGUUCAAGGACCUGAAGUCCGAGUACUUUUACAAGAAUGAAGAGGCUCUGAAAAACAGCUGGAAGAGGCUUCUUCCGAGCCUGGAGGAGGAAGUGGGUAAGAUCAAGUCGAAAGGCAGCGACAUCAUUCCUUCUGUGAACUACGCAGAUGUUGUAUCCGGAACGGUGCCCGACGAGGUCCUCGCCGAGAUCCGUCACCGCGGCAGCGUGGUGAUCCGGAAUGUCUUGCCUCGGAAGGUCGCUCGUGAAUACAAGGACCGCAUCCAGGACUACGUUGCUGCGAACAAGGAGCGCGUGAAAGCCUUCCCGCCCGAUUCGCCGGCCGUGUAUGAACUGUAUUGGACUCGUCCGCAGGCGGAAGCACGAGCCCAUGCCAACAUGCUCGGCACCCAAAGGUUCCUGCAGCGUCUUUGGCAUUCUUCGGAUCCACGCACGCCCAUCUCCACCAGAAACCCUCUGACCUAUGCAGACCGGCUUCGUAUCAGGGAGCCUGGUGACUCCAAGUUCACUCUGGGCCCACACAUCGACGGUGGCUCGCUGGAGCGAUGGGAAGAUCCCGAAUACUCUCGAGUGUACACCAAGAUCCUCGAGGGCAAAUGGGAGGAGUACGAUCCAUGGGAUGUCAAGCACCGCGUUACGGCGCAGAUGGAUCUGUACAACGGCGCCGGAGCAUGCUCGAUGCUGAGAUUCUUCCAGGGAUGGCUCUCAAUGUCCAACACCGCGCCUGGCGAAGGUUCCCUGCACGUUUGUCCCAUGCUGACUCACAGCACCGCGUACACCAUUCUCCGCCCGUUCUUUGAUCCCCAGUCGUCGCAGCCUUUGAUGGAUGCGACUUUCCCGGGUGCUGUCCCCGGUACCUGCCAGGAGUACAACCCGGUGACGCAUCCCCAUCUAGAUCUAGAGACGACCAUGGUGUCUGUCCCCGAGGUUGAACCCGGUGACUAUGUUGCCUGGCACUGCGACUCCUUGCACUCGGUGGACAAGGAGCAUCGCGGCCAGGGCGACUCCAGCGUGCUCUACAUCCCUGCCACUCCCAUGUGUGAUAUGAAUGUGGAGUAUCUGCUCAAGCAGCGCAGCGCAGCCCAGAACUACUCUCCUCCUUGGGAUUUCCCGGGUGCCGGUGGUCCCGGAGAAAUGGGUUUCAAGGGCGCCUUGGACUGGGACUCCGUGAACCCCGAGGGCCUGCGCGCCAUGGGUAUGGGCAACAAACCCUGGGAGAUCACUCCCGACAUGAGUGAGGGCGAAAAGCGAGUGGUGGAGGCGGCCAACACCGCCUGUUUCGGCCAGGCCUAAGGGACUACUACUACUUACUACUAGUCCCUUG